UGUCACAUCUGUAUGUUUUACAUGACUCUCAAAGUGCAUGCAACUACCUCAGAUUUUAUUUGAAAACUAUAAUCUCUUUUUGUGCAUUUGAAGCAGUAUGCAUCUCGUCGUGUUGUUGAUUGUGAUACUGUGCACAGCUUUGACUAGUGGCACCGAAUUAACCUUUGAGUUACCUGAUAACAAGAAACAGUGUUUCUACGAGGACUUAGCAGAAGGAGUGAAGUUUGAUAUCGACUUUCAAGUUAUUGCUGGAGGCAACUAUGACGUUGACUGUUUUGUGACGGAUCCAGUCAAUAAUGUUCUGUAUGAAGAACGGAAGAAGCAGUAUGACAGCUUCACUCAUACAACAACUCUAAAGGGUGUUUACAAAGUCUGCUUCAGCAAUGAAUUCUCCACCUUCUCUCAUAAAACUGUGUAUUUAGACUUCAGAGCUGGAGAAGAGAUACCAUUAUUGCCUGAUAUGAACAGAGCAACAGCGCUCACACAGAUGGAGUCAGCCUGUUUGUCCAUCCAUGAGAUUUUGAAGAUUGUGGCAGACUCUCAGACAAGGUAUCGUCUUCGAGAAGCUCAGGACCGCAUUAGGGCAGAGGACCUGAAUGAGCGUGUGUCGUACUGGUCCAUUGGAGAGACUAUCAUUUUAUUUUUGGUCAGCCUUGGCCAAGUUCUCAUGCUCAAGAGCUUCUUCAGUGAGAGGAAAACCAAUGUAGCCACCAGCACAUAGACCCUUUUUAGUUGCCUUCCCACUAUUACACCACAUUACAACCACUUGACUAAGUCUUUCCCCUUUUUAAUGGAAGCUGCUUCUGUUAGUUAUAAUGCGUUUUAUAUUAUAUUAUAUUGUAUUAUAUUAUUAUACUACCAUUGUUAAUAGCACGCACACCCCACCACUUGGUUUUUUUUUUUCACUAUUGGGCUUAAAAAAAAACAAGUGUCCACUAGAAUCAUCUUUUGGUGCAAAUUAAUUAUCUAUCAAUAAAAUAUUUGUUGAGUACUGAGAAUGUUGCAUUUUAGUGUAAGCUGGUUGGAUCAUUCUUUACCCUUUUUCCCAUUAUCCUUUUUUUUUUAACUUUUCAAAGCUUUUUGAUGUUAUGCAUUGUAAGCCAAGAGUACUUUAGUUAUCAACAUUGUCAUGUCAUUUGUCUUUAUCCAUAUUUUACUGUGUUUCACAUAUUUGUCAUAUUGCUUAGGCAUGUUACAUAUUCAGAAAAGUGAAAUUAAGGUGCAGUUCUCAGGAUUUUUUGGAUAUUGAACACAAUUCUUAAAAUAUCUGUUACAAAUAGGGGAUUCAUUUUAGGCUAAACUGUUGUUAACCUGUUAGUGUAGCAUAAUUUAAUUAGAUAUGCCAAAUUCCAUUAAACUAUUAUUUGAAUGAAA